CUUGGGGGCUCAAGGCUCUGGAGGCCGGUGGUGGUGGUGCUUGUCUGCAGAGAAAUGGGAAGCGGCGGACCCCGAGGACUUCAAGGCAGAAUUUCAAUCCGCUAACCGGCGCGUGUCAAUCGGCCAGGACGGCGGGAAGCUCUGGAUGAAGAGGAGGCCACGCCGGGCUCUACUCCCAUUGCACGGUGUGACCUUGGGCAGUCCCUUCUCUGCCACCCGGGGCUGGACUGGCUGUCCCGGUCGGACAGUGCUCGGGUGGAGGCCAAAGUGCCGCCCACGGUAGGGCGGCGUUAGCGGGAGUUAGGGAACCUGCCGGGACCAGGCAGGAUCGGCCGGCCCGGACGCGGGAGCCGCGUCUGAAGGGCUUUCUUGGGCACGCUUUCCGGCGGAGCAACAGGCGGCCGUGUUCACUCACCAUCGAUCUUCUGGACACAGCAGGGAGAGAGAAACUUUCCAGCCAGCGUCGGCCGGCCUGCCGCUUCCAAGCCCGGGGGUCCCGGGCCCGUGGGUGACCUGCGGCGCCGGGAGGGGCGGGCAGUCGCGCGGCAGCGGCGGUGGCCGGCGCGCAGCUGUGCCCGUCUGCCCAAGGGUUAACCCGUUCCCCUGCAGCUGCCGCGCGUGCCUUGCAGAAUUUCACCAGAAGAGGGUACAGUUUGAAAAGCUCCUGACGUCAGGCUGGAAUUCCUAUUGUGUUUGGAACCGGCUCGGGCACAGCAAGCCCAAGUUGCUCUCCGCACACCUCGGCGGGCUGCGUGGGGCCGGCGGCCGCGUGGCACGUCUCGCGCCGGGGUCGCACGCGGGGAUCCGCGCGCCCGGGGACGGAGGACGGUGCCUGCUGCCCACGAGGGGACCCCACUCCCGCCGGAGACCGAGCCGAAGCGGCGGAUCGCGGCACCCGGGAGCCGGGGUGAGCGCUCGGGGCGAGGCCGGUGGCCGCGAGAGCCCCCCGCCGGCGCGCCCCAGCGCCCGGAUGCCCUCCCGGAGCCCCGCCGCCAGGCGCCUGCCUCCCCCGCGGCGCGCCCCAGCCCGCUGCCGCCCGCUGUGACCGCGCUUCCAGGCAGGCGGGCGCCUGCCGGGCUUCCUCGAGGGCCGCGCAGCGGCGGGACCCGCCGGACCCCGCGGCGGCGGCAGGGCGCGGAGCCGAGGCCGCGCGGGCACUCGCCGGGAGAAUGGACGGGGCCGGGGAGCGCAGCCUCCCGGAGCCGGGCAGCCGGGGCUCCCGGGCGGGAGACGACAUGGAGAUCGUCGUCAACGUGGGAGGCGUGCGGCGGGUGCUGUACGGAGACCUCCUCAGCCGGUACCCCGAGACCCGGCUAGCGGAGCUCAUCGACUGCUUGGCCGGGGGCUACGAUACCAUCUUCUCCCUGUGCGACGACUACGACCCCGGGAAGCGCGAGUUCUACUUCGACAGGGACCCGGACGCGUUCAAAUGUGUCAUCGAGGUGUACUAUUUCGGGGAGGUCCACAUGAAGAAGGGCAUCUGCCCCAUCUGCUUCAAGAACGAGAUGGACUUCUGGAAGGUGGACCUCAAGUUCCUGGACGACUGCUGCAAGAGCCACCUGAGCGAGAAGCGCGAGGAGCUGGAGGAGAUCGCGCGCCGCGUGCAGCUCAUUCUGGACGACCUGGGCGUGGACGCGGCCGAGGGCCGCUGGCAGCGCUGCCAGAAGUGCGUCUGGAAGUUCCUGGAGAAGCCCGAGUCUUCGUGUCCGGCGCGGGUGGUGGCCGUGCUGUCAUUCCUGCUCAUCCUCGUCUCGUCGGUGGUCAUGUGCAUGGGCACCAUCCCCGAGCUGCAGGUGCUGGACGCCGAGGGCAACCGCGUGGAGCACCCGACGCUGGAGAACGUGGAGACGGCGUGCAUCGGCUGGUUCACGCUGGAGUACCUGCUGCGCCUGUUAUCCUCGCCUAACAAGCUGCACUUCGCCCUGUCCUUCAUGAACAUCGUGGACGUGCUGGCCAUCCUCCCCUUCUACGUGAGCCUCACGCUCACGCACCUGGGCGCCCGCAUGAUGGAGCUGACCAACGUGCAGCAGGCCGUGCAGGCCCUGCGGAUCAUGCGCAUCGCCCGCAUCUUCAAGCUGGCGCGCCACUCCUCGGGGCUGCAGACCCUCACCUACGCCCUCAAGCGCAGCUUCAAGGAACUGGGGCUGCUGCUCAUGUACCUGGCCGUGGGCAUCUUCGUCUUCUCGGCCCUGGGCUACACCAUGGAGCAGAGCCACCCGGAGACCUUGUUUAAGAGCAUCCCGCAGUCCUUCUGGUGGGCCAUCAUCACCAUGACCACGGUUGGCUAUGGUGACAUCUACCCCAAGACCACCCUGGGCAAGCUCAAUGCAGCCAUCAGCUUCCUGUGUGGGGUCAUUGCCAUUGCCCUGCCCAUCCACCCCAUCAUCAACAACUUUGUCAGAUACUACAACAAGCAGCGAGUCCUGGAAACGGCAGCCAAGCACGAGCUGGAGUUGAUGGAGCUCAACUCCAACAGUGUGGGCGAGGGCAAGACAGGGGGCUCCCGCGGCGACCUGGACAACCUCCCGCCAGAGCCCGCCGGGAAGGAGGGGCUGAGCUGGAGCAGCCAGCUGAAGAUCUCCCGCAGCGACACCUUCAUCCCCCUGCUGACCGAGGAGAAGCACCACAGGACCCGGCUCCAGAGCUGCAAGUGACGAGGGACGACCUGCGCACAGACGGACUGGGCUGGUGGAUAGAUGGAUGGACGGGUGUGACAGGCCUGCCAGUGACUGCCCGGGAGGGGCUGUCCUUUGUCCCCCAGCCCUCUCCUGAACAGAACUCUGAAGGUCCCCUUGGACACCUCUGAUGAGGCCGGGUAAGAUCCCUUUGUGUUUCCGGCUGUCCAGGGGCCGGGGGCGGGGGCAGGGGCGUCCAGGGAUCACUGACAGUGUGGGGUGAUGAGGGCUGUGGUCUGGCUGACGGCAGGCGCCCUCGCCCAGUUCUGUAUCUCCUUCAAUAAAGCCUGCUGCUCUCUGCGCCC